AAAUGACGACGCCAUUGUAUCGAUCAGCCGACGACGUCCCCUCCUCCAAAAAAGUUUUGCUCAGUUGCCCAAACAACAAUUCUAACCAUUCGCAGCCGCUGUUUCUUUGAGAGAAAGUCACACAAACUGAAAGCUCUUUUUGUCUAACAACAUGGCUGUUACUCUGGACGACAAGACCGUUGCUGAGCUACGUAACUUGGCCGACCGGCUUCGUAUCGACUCCAUUCGUGCUACUAAUGCCAGCAAAUCUGGGCACCCAACGUCAUGUGCUUCAAUGGCUGAAAUCAUGUCUUGUCUCUUCUUCCGUGUCAUGAAGUACAAACUGUCUGAGCCUAGAGACAAGUCAUCAGAUCGUUUCAUACUGUCCAAGGGACAUGCUGCUCCUAUCCUCUAUGCUGCCUGGGCUGAAGCUGGCCUCUUCCCUGUCGAUGACAUCAUGAACUUGAGGAAGUUGGACAGCGAUUUGGAGGGUCACCCUACUCCCCGUCUCAACUUUGUUGAUGUUGCCACUGGAUCCCUUGGACAAGGUCUGAGUGUUGCCUGUGGAAUGGCCUAUGUGGGAAAACACUUUGAUAAGGCAUCUUACAGGACCUACUGUUUGAUUGGUGAUGGUGAAAGUGCUGAGGGAUCCAUUUGGGAGGCUCUGCACUUUGCUGGCCACUACCGCCUUGACAAUUUGUGCGCAAUUUUCGACAUUAAUCGUUUGGGCCAAUCUGAGCCAACCUCUCUUCAGCACAACAUGGAGGUCUACCGCAAAAGGCUGGAAGCUUUCGGUUUCCACGCUAUCGUUGUCGACGGACACGAUGUAGAAGAACUCUGCAAGGCUUUCGAUGAAGCGUCUGCUACCGUUGGCAAACCCACUGCCAUCUUGGCCAAGACUUUCAAGGGUUACAAGUUCCCGACCAUUUCGGAUGAGCUUGAUUGGCAUGGAAAGCCUCUUGGUGCUAAGGCUGAUGAAGUUAUCCGAGCCAUCGAACAACAGAUGCAGCCCGGCACUGCCACUGGUGCCCCGAAAAUUCUCGAGCCCCUCAAUGACGCACCAGUGGUCGACAUUGAUGAUCUCCGUCUUUCCACACCUCCUGCCUACAAAAUGGGUGAAAUGGUUGCGACUCGCUUCGCCUACGGAACUGCUUUGGCCAAGUUGGCAGAGCACAACUCCCGAGUCAUUGCUUUGGAUGGUGACACCAAGAAUUCCACCUACUCUGACAGAAUCAAGAAGGUGUCAGCCGAGCGUUACAUCGAGUGUUUCAUUGCCGAGCAGAACUUGGUUGGAGUAGCCAUCGGAGCCGGAUGCCGUAAUCGCACCAUCCCUUAUGUCUCUACUUUCGCCGCUUUCUUCACCCGAGCUUUCGACCAGCUCCGCAUGGGUGCCAUCUCGCAGACCAACAUUACCUGCGUCGGAUCACACGCUGGAGUCUCCAUCGGAGAAGAUGGCCCAUCUCAGAUGGCACUUGAGGAUUUGGCCAUGUUCAGAUCCAUUCCAGGCUCCACCGUGUUUUAUCCCAGCGACGCCGUCAGCUGCGAGAGAGCCGCCGAACUUGCCGGAAAAACCAAAGGAAUUUGCUUCAUUCGUACAUCUCGCCCCAACACAGCCGUUAUUUACGAGAAUGAACAAGUUUUCUCUGCUGGGAAGGGUCACGUUGUUCGUAGUCACGAUCAAGACGAUUUGGUUAUCGUUGGCGCCGGCGUUACACUCCACGAAGCGCUGAAGGCGUCCGACAUGCUGAUGGAAGCCGGCAUCAAGGCUGCUGUCAUCGAUCCAUUUACCAUCAAACCCAUCGAUCACGACUUGCUGUUGAAGGAAGCUACUCGUUGCAACGGCCGGGUUUUGACGGUUGAAGACCAUUACCCAGAAGGUGGAUUGGGUGAGGCUGUUGCUUCAACUCUAGCCGAACAACGAAAUAUUAUCGUCAAGAUUUUGGCAGUUCGCGAAGUUCCCCGCUCCGGUCCUCCAGAGGUUCUCCUAGAACAUUUUGGAAUCGGCGCCAAGGCUAUUGCCGAAGCCGCGAAAAAACUUGUUGCGUUGUAAACGCUUUUUUAAGUCACUUAUUCCUAUACCCAUUCCUUACCAGAGGUCUAUGGAUAGUUGAGAAGAACUGGUGGUGUUUUUUUGAAACAUUCUUCUAUGGCAUUCCAAGUCGUAUAUGUAUCGUUUGGAUAGUUUAUUCAUACAUAGAUUUUUUGGUGUUUCAAAUGA